UCGAGCUCGACCCAGUUUGAAAGUGAACCAACGGCUCCAGUCGCUGCUUCAGCCACCAACAACAACAAGAACCAGAACCCAACCCGGCCCAAAAGCUGCUCCCUCCGUGUGCACCCGGCCCUUCUGACGAGCCGUCAGUAUGAUGCGUAAAGACGUCAACAAGCCCAAGGGGAAGACGUCGGCGUACGCCUUCUUCGUCCAGACGUGUAGAGAGGAACAUCGUAAGAAGAACCCCGAGCAGUCGGUCAACUUCGCUGAGUUCUCCAAGAAGUGCUCCGAGAGAUGGAAGGGUCUGACUGCUGGAGAUAAGAAGUGCUUCGAGGACAUGGCCAAGGCCGACAAGGUCCGCUACAACCGGGAGAUGAGGGACUACGUCCCCCCUAAGGGCUUCGGAAAGAGGGGACGCAAGAGGAAAGACCCCAACGCUCCCAAGAGACCCCCGUCUGCGUUCUUUGUGUUCUGCAGUGAGUACCGUCCCAGUGUGAAGCAGCAGUUCCCAGGUCUGUCUAUAGGAGACUGUGCCAAGAAGCUGGGGGAGAUGUGGAGCAAACUGUCUCAGUCUGAGAAGCUGCCCUACGAGGAGAAGGCCCAGAAACUACGGGAGAAAUAUGACCGGGACAUGGUGGCGUACCGUGGGGGGGGCGCCCCGACGUACCCCAGGAACCCCGGCUCUUCAGCUCAGGGAGGAGAGGAAGAGGAGGACGACGAGGGGGAGGACGAAGACGAUGACGACGACGACGAAUAGACAGAGACAGACAGACGGAUAGAGAGACUGUGUGUGUGUAUCUGUGUGUGUGUGUGUGUGUGUGUGUGUGUGUGUGUGUGUGUGUGUGUGUGUGUAUUGUGUGUGUGUGUGCGUGUGUGAGAUCAUCAGAUGUUAAACUGUCCGACACCAGAGGGCAGUAGAGUAACCCCCCUCUCCCCUUCCUCACUGUUACCAUGGUUUCCCUGCACCCCCCACGCCCUCCUCAUCCCCUCUGUGUGUCACCAUGGAAACCCCUAACCCCCCUCCCCCCCUCCUCUUCAUCAUCUUCUUCUUAAUGUUGUUUUUUAUUUUCUUACUGGAGGUUUAUCAAGUUUUUCUGUUGAUUCCUUGUUCACUGUCAGCUGUGUAGAAACUUCAACUUUUAUAAUAAAACGACCAACUGAGGGAAAAACA